AAAAAUAACACUAGAUGAGCAUAGGCCCCUGAAUAAAUAUAAAAGCAUAGCUUCAUUUCAUACUAUGUUUUUUCUGGCGAUGUUCCAAAAUUAUGUUGAAUAGCUUUGGGCCUUGUGUGGUAUAGCGAAUGAGUAAAAAGGAUACAGAGCGUAAACACUAAAUAAAGGUUUGUUACUCUCUUGAAACCAAUGAGUUCAAAAUAUAAUAGAGAUUGCAGCCUCUGUUUACUUCUAGUAUUCUACAUGUUUCAAGCUCGAUAUUGCUAUGAAAUUUACAACAUAACUUCAUCCCAAUCAUUAUCUCAAGGACAAACUCUAGUCUCACCCAGCCAAGUUUUUGAGUUAGGCUUCUUUAGUCCUAAUAAUUCAGCAAAUCAAUAUGUGGGAAUUUGGUACAAGGGAAUUUCUCCUCGUACCAAAAGUCUUGUAUGGGUGGCUAACAGAGAAAAUCCUGUUAGGCUUGCAGAUGCAGCUACCAUAAGUCUCAUGAUUGGCAGAAAUGGAAAUCUAGAGCUUGUUGAUGCAAACAACAACAAAAACAACUCUGUAAUCUGGUCAACCGAUGUUCAUGUUCGAUCAAGUAGUUCGAUUCUAGUACUUUUAGACACUGGUAACUUGGUUCUCAGUGAUGGUGUAUCAGGAGAGAACCUAUGGCAGAGUUUUAAUCAUCCUGCAGAUACAUACUUACCCGGUUCGGUACUCGGAUUUAAUGUGAUAACCGGAAAGAGUUAUAUGUUGACUUCCUGGAAAAGUGACAAUGAUCCGUCACCUGGGAGUUUCACUGUUGGAAUCUCUAAACAAUCACCACCACAACUUUUCAUUUGGGUCAAUGGAUCAAAGCCUCGCUGGAGAAGCGGACCAUGGGAUAGAUCAAAAUUCAUAGGUAUACCAGAAUCAGAUACUUCAUAUCAAAGUUCAAUGAAUCUCCAUCAAGAAGUUUAUGAAGGAACAACCUUUCUGCAUUUCAACUUGUACAACAAAUCCUUUGUCCCAAAAGUUUUUGUUUCUUCGAAAGGAUACGUAACAACUUUGGUAAAAUUCAAGGGCGAUGACUUUUGGAAAACUGAUUGGGAAGUACCAAGAAAUCAAUGUGACAUAUAUGGGACCUGUGGACCUUUUGGCGUAUGCAAAACAGCAAGAUCUCCCAUUUGCAGCUGUUUACAAGGGUAUGUACCAAAAUCAGAUCAAGAGUGGAGGAAUGGAAAUUGGACUGGAGGGUGCAAAAGGAAUACUGAAUUGCAUUGUGAUAAAAACACUAGUAGAAAUGCUAUUAUAGAGGGAGGAAAGAAUGAUGAGUUUCUCAAGAUUAGCUUACUGAAACUUCCAGAUUUACAUGAAUAUGUGAUCACUGAUGAUUAUAAAGGUUGCUAUACACGGUGCCUGAAUAAUUGUUCUUGCUUAGCUUACGCAUUUGUAAAUGGAAUAGGUUGUUUGGUCUGGUGGGAUGACCUUGUUGACAUUCAAAAGCUUUCCUUUGGUGGAUUUGAUCUGUUUCUUCGUGUUGCUCACACGGAGCUAGUCAGAGGAACUAGAAUUAAAAAUAUUAUCAUCAGCAUUACUGCUAUUUUCGGAAGUGCUCUCCUCCUUGCAUCAGUUUUCGCCAUACACCGACAAAGAGCAAACAUGAAGAGUUGCUCCGUGAGCGGAUGCUUCAAACAUUUAUGGAAGGUUAAAAGCAUAAAAGUUUUUGAUUUCAAUGAUAAUGGUAACAGUCCUAUGCAUACUUGUAGUGACAAGCCAUACGAUGAUUCGCUUGAAGCCGAGCUUCAUAUUUUCAAUUUAGAUAGUAUUUUGACUGCUACGAACCACUUCAGUAUGACAAACAAACUUGGGGAGGGAGGGUUUGGUUCUGUUUACAAGGGAAAACUACAAGAUGGAAAGGAAAUAGCCGUCAAAAGACUAUCUAGAAGCUCAGGACAAGGCAUUGAAGAGCUUAAGAAUGAGGCUAUUUUAAUCUGCAAACUCCAGCACAGAAAUCUAGUCAAGCUCUUGGGUUGUUGCAUUCAAAAAGAAGAGAAAUUACUCGUUUAUGAGUUCAUGCCCAAUAGAAGCUUGGAUAAUUUUAUCUUCGAUCCAACAAAAAGUGCACAGCUGAAUUGGCCUUCACGCUUCAACAUUAUUCAUGGGGUUUCUAGAGGCCUUUUGUAUCUCCAUCAUGACUCCAAUUUGAGGGUAAUACAUCGAGAUUUGAAGGUCAGUAAUAUUCUCUUGGAUCAGAAUAUGAACCCGAAAAUAUCAGAUUUUGGAUUGGCAAGAAUUUUUGAAGGAACAUUGGAUCGAGUAAACACUCAUAGGGUUGUUGGUACAUUAGGCUACAUGUCACCAGAAUAUGCCAUGGCUGGUAUAUUUUCCGAGAAGUCUGAUGUAUUUAGCUUUGGUGUUAUGCUACUGGAGAUAGUGAAUGGGAGGAAGAACACUAGCUUCCAUUACUACGAGCAACAAUCAAGCCUUAUUGCUUAUGCAUGGGAAUUGUGGAGUGAGAGCAGGGGAUUAGAGUUGGUUGAUGGUGCAUUAGUAGGGAUAUUUGAUGCAUCAGAAGCAAUAAGGUGCAUACAUGUUGGUCUUUUAUGCGUACAAGAUCACGCUGAAGAUAGGCCAACCAUGGUUGAUGUGGUUUUCAUGCUGACCAAUGAAACCGAUCGUCCUCAACCCAAGCAACCUAUCUUUACUUUCCAACGAGAACGUCAACCCCAAAACAUAACUAAAUGCUCACUGAAUGAAGCCACUCUGUCAUUACUUCAAGGCCGAUAAUAAACUGGAUACUAUUAUAUUUAUUUUAAUCAAAAUACACAACUUAAACAGAGGUCUUUAGACUCAAUAGUUUUGUCAUUCCUUUUUAAUUUAUAUAAAUAUAAAUUUAAAUUCAAGUACC